AUGUCCUCUCUCACAGGAUUCUUAUUCAUCCGACAUAAUAAUAAUCAUCAAGGCCGGGCCAUUGUGCGGCGCUUGUCCACUUUGACAGCUGCGCCACCACCGGCGAUUGUACCACCCAAGGGAGUACCAGCCUUUGUGUCGCGACGUCAGUGGAACAAACUCUACCAGGCACCUCCACGACAAGCACCCAAAAAGGACAAUUUGGACGACAAACCAUGGCCUCGAUCUGUUCAAAUGCUGGGGUACGCCGUGGGCACGACGGUGGUGCCCUAUUGCAUUGCCUGGUUUGUAGCUUCCAAUGUAACGCUGCGGGAAUGGUUGGAUCCGAUCUUUCCCGACUUGCUACCGACACUGCGACCGUGGUUUGGACACGAAGAAGUCGACGCCGUGAGUUAUGUCGAUCGACGACAAGAAGGCGACCAGUUGGUCGUGCCCCGGGCGUUGGACAAUGAAGAUUCCACCAAAGUGCGAAAAGAGCAAGCGGCCGUCACUUUGUUGAAUCAAGAAACUGCCAUUCCGACUCGCAUUCGAGUCUUUACCAAUUCGGGCUUUAAUUUGGGAGAAAUUCUGCAACUGCCGGGAGCCACGCGCAUGACCAAAGAAGAAUUAUUGAAUAUUAUGAUGAAGGAUCGGAGUAUGUCACUCGACGUAGGCGAUGUAUCCCACAUUACAGUGGAGUUUACCGAUCUCAAGGACGACGACGAAACAACAACGACAACUGACGAGGAUAUCAUGGUGACGGUUCAUGUCCCGGAAUCCAGCACCAACACGCUACGACAGGACAUUGCCAGAAUGCUCAAAACCACCAGCAUCUUCUCGGCGUGGCACCUCUUUCCCCAGGCGGUACAACAGUAUCAACAACAAGAUCAGCAACCGACAAAUGCAACCACCCAAACGUCAAGCUCGCAAGACGAGAUGCGAAUGGCGCAGCUUGAAUACGAAAUUGAACAGUUGGACAAACUACUCAAAGAUCAUACCACCAUGAGGAGCUUUGAUGAUAUUCAGCAAGAAAUGAACGCGGCCAAGAGCGAAUUGAGAAAGCUCAAGUGGAAGAAUCGACUGCGUUGGUUUGGCGCAUCAGAAGUAGAUUUGGAUGACUACGGCGGCGUACAAUUCUUGAUCGAUCAUGACAUUGGACACAGCGAUGACAAACGCGAAUUCACCUUCGGCAGCCAUGCUGAAACCGACCACAAGGCAAUGACGGAGAUGCGUCAUCUUGAAGCGACGGGUCCCCAAUUGGAAAUUCGGGACCAUAAAACCAACACCAACUUUUCCCAAGAGUGCAAGAGUGAAGAAGGCUCCUUGCAUCAAGACUUUGGGAAUACUAGCUAG